AUGUACACACCACACGACACCGAAGGCACCGUAUCCGAUGGGCCGGUCAGGCUGUACGUCCGUCGGGAUGGCCGGCGUUUGAUAAUAGGGCGCCGCCGCCGCCAGGAUGGCGCCCUGCGGCGCGCUCUGCGUACCGCCCUGCAUCAGCGACAUGGACACACUCAUGGAGACGCGAGAGUGCCGCGCGGGGCCGCUUACAGCCGCCAUCCAACCGCUCCGCGGCGAGCCGUCACCGCAGGCUCAUCACACGCUCCACUUCACGACCCUGACACUGCGCCUUGA